UAAAGUUGUUCCAAGCGCUGCCGGAAAGUCGCGGGCGGUGGCCAAUCAGAGCGCAGUUUUGUCGCAAUUUAGGCGCAGGUUUGAGACGUCAUCAGUGAGUGUCGACCGCUCUCGCAAAGCUGAUAUCCUAGGCGCCGUGGAGCGGAGUGAGGAGGCUUUGGGAUGUCUCUGGCAGAUGAACUCUUGGCUGAUCUUGAGGAGGCAGCAGAAGAGGAGGAAGGAGGAAGCUAUGGAGAAGAAGAGGAGGAACCAGCCAUCGAGGAUGUACAGGAGGAGACACAGCUGGAUCUUUCUGGGGACUCAGUCAAAAGUAUUGCCAAGCUAUGGGACAGCAAGAUGUUUGCUGAGAUCAUGAUGAAGAUUGAGGAAUAUAUCAGCAAGCAGGCCAGAGCUUCAGAAGUGAUGGGACCAGUAGAGGCAGCCCCUGAGUACCGUGUCAUCGUGGAUGCCAACAACCUGACUGUGGAGAUCGAGAAUGAGCUGAACAUCAUCCAUAAGUUCAUCCGUGAUAAGUACUCAAAGAGAUUCCCUGAACUGGAGUCCUUGGUCCCCAACGCAUUGGACUACAUCCGCACAGUCAAGGAGCUGGGCAACAGCCUGGACAAGUGCAAGAACAACGAGAACCUGCAGCAGAUCCUGACCAACGCCACCAUCAUGGUCGUCAGUGUCACCGCCUCCACCACCCAGGGGCAGCAGCUGUCGGAGGAGGAGCUGGAGCGGCUGGAGGAGGCCUGCGACAUGGCGCUGGAGCUGAAUGCCUCCAAGCACCGCAUCUAUGAGUAUGUGGAGUCCCGGAUGUCCUUUAUCGCACCCAACCUGUCCAUCAUCAUCGGAGCAUCCACAGCUGCCAAGAUCAUGGGCGUGGCUGGUGGCCUGACCAACCUCUCCAAGAUGCCUGCCUGCAACAUCAUGCUGCUCGGGGCCCAGCGCAAGACGCUCUCUGGCUUCUCAUCUACCUCGGUGUUGCCCCAUACUGGCUACAUCUACCACAGUGACAUCGUGCAGUCCCUGCCCCCGGAUCUCCGGCGGAAAGCAGCCCGGCUGGUGGCUGCCAAGUGCACGCUGGCAGCCCGUGUGGACAGCUUCCAUGAGAGCACCGAGGGGAAGGUGGGCUAUGAACUGAAGGACGAGAUUGAGCGCAAGUUUGACAAGUGGCAGGAGCCGCCACCUGUAAAGCAAGUGAAGCCGCUGCCUGCACCCCUGGAUGGACAGCGGAAGAAGCGAGGUGGCCGCAGGUACCGCAAGAUGAAGGAGCGGCUGGGGCUGACAGAGAUCCGGAAGCAGGCCAACCGCAUGAGCUUUGGAGAGAUCGAGGAGGAUGCCUACCAGGAGGACCUAGGCUUUAGCCUGGGCCACCUGGGCAAAUCAGGUAGUGGUCGUGUGCGGCAGACACAGGUGAAUGAGGCCACCAAAGCCAGGAUUUCUAAGACGCUACAGCGAACUCUGCAGAAGCAAAGUGUGGUGUAUGGUGGGAAAUCCACAAUCCGAGACCGCUCCUCUGGGACUGCCUCCAGUGUGGCCUUCACCCCUCUCCAGGGUCUAGAGAUUGUGAACCCACAAGCAGCUGAGAAGAAGGUGGCUGAGGCCAACCAGAAGUAUUUCUCUAGCAUGGCUGAGUUCCUCAAGGUCAAAAGUGAGAAGAGUGGCAUUAUGUCCACCUGAGAGAUGGAUACGCCCAGGGUGGCCACCCACUGAAGAGAACUGGAAGCCCAGCCCUCUGAAGGGAUCCAGCUCAGAGCCAGGAAGUUCUGGGGUGGAGAGCCUGCUCUGCCCUGCUGUUGGUUCAGGACCAGGACAUCAAUGGAGUCAGUGGAAGAGACUCUGUCCGCCACCCCCAAGACUAAUACCACCACCCCAUUCAGGGACAGAACUGGUCUUCCUCAUACUCAUCUUUUUAACUGAGACAAGAGAUCCUUUUUUAGGGAAGAGUGUAAUUAAAAGCACAGUACAAAGAUC